AUGUCACUGCCUUCGUCUGUAAAGCUCAACAAUGCUUUUGUACCCAAAUCUUACACCCUCGAGAUCGAAGUUGAUUUGUCAACAUGGUCCUACCGUGCUCGUGAGGACAUCAUUUUGAAGCGUAAUACAGGUUUUACCGAGUCCAUUGAUUCACCAAAGGACGUGAUUUGGCUCCAUGUCGGCGACAAUAUGAAAAUCGAAGCAAUUGAGGGUGCGACGCUCAUAGAGCGUGAUGAGCAGUCCCAAACAAUCAUCCUCAGGCUUGAGGGUGAGGCCACCACGUCCGAGGAACCCCGUCUUACUUUUAAAUUCAGCAACGUGAUCAACACAGAACUUCGUGGUUUUUAUCGUGUCACAGUACAGGAGGAUGGAAAGGAAGUGCGUAUGGCUUCUACGCAUUUUGAGCCGACCUCCGCACGGCUGUUUUACAUUUGUCAGGAUGAGCCCGCAAGUCGGGCAGACUUCACGCUAACCGUCCUAUUGCCUAAGGCGUACGAGGAAUACACCGUAGUUUCCAACGGUAAGUUAAACAAGAAGAGUACUAACACCAAUGGCCAAUUGGUGCACGAAUUCGACACGAUCGCGCAGUGUCCGCCAUACCUCACGGCUUGUGUUGUGGGGCGACUGGAGAACAUUUCUGCUAUCAGUAAGUCCGGCAUACAAGUAUCGAUUUUCACGACCCCAGGGAAGCUUCCGAAGGCCCAAUUCGCGCUCCACGCCACUACCACCGCGGUGGACUUCUUUCAAGACUUCUUUCGCUGCAAGUAUCCGCUGUCAAAGCUGGAUAUGAUCGCUGUACCCGACUUCCCCAUCGGUGGGAUGGAGAACUGGGGGUGUAUCACCUGUGCGGAGUCGAUUUUGGUUGACCCGUCUUCCUCCAGCGUGGUUUCGAUGAAGGGGGCACUCUCGUUGAUAUGCCACGAGGUGUCGCACAAUUGGUUCGGUAAUUUAGUCGCGAUCAAUUGGUGGGAAGGACUGUGGCUGAAGGAAGGGUUCGCAUCGUGGUGUGGUUACUACGCCGCCGACUUGCAGCAGCCGGAGUGGGAUUGCCUAGGAAAUGCCGCUCGGGAGGUCAAUCUAGCGAUGGAGGUCGACAUCUCCGAGCACAGCCAUCCCGUCGAGGUCCCCAUUCACGACCCGGCCGAAAUCACUGAAAUCUUUGACAACAUCAGCUACAACAAAGGGAUGGGGUUGGUGUUUAUGCUGCAGGGUUUCCUUGGUCCGAUGUGGGAGGCCGCGGUAGCUCACUAUAUCAAUAAGUACCAGUUCAAGGAUACGAAGACGAUGCAGCUGUGGCUGGCAUUGGAGGAGUCUUCCGGAGUACCUGUGAAUGAAAUAAUGAGCUCAUUCACGACCAAGAUGGGACACCCCAUGGUCGUUGUUCGGCAUAUGGCGGGAAACCAAGGACUUAUUCUACAGCAAAAGCCAUGUAAGUACGUGACCUCUGGUGGGAAAUGCACCGACACGUGGUGCAUUCCAGUCAUCAUUGAAGGCACUGGUGGCCAGAGAAUCACCGUUGUUUUGCGUGGUCGGGAACCUUUAGAAGUGUUGCUGCCGCCAGAAAUGCAAGGAAAGGACGUGUGGCUGACGGCCAAUCCUCGCCGAUCGGGAUUUUAUCGAUGCCACUAUGAAGAUGAUCAAUUUCAGUUAUGGCUAUCUUCCUUCUCUACGUUGAAGCCUGGAGACAAGUGUGUGCUUAUCGCGGAUACUUUUGCUGCCUUAUGGAUGGGUCAAUCGGAGGCCCUGGGACGUGUGGCUGCCCUUGGGAGAGUUCUAAAAGAUACCAAAGAGAUUCAUACUGGUGUUCUCAUGGAAUUUUCGAAGGGCGUGUUUUCAUUCGCAGAGUGCUUCGAGUUGCAGGAAAAGAAACUUAUCAUCGCCUCGCAACUCAGUUUUAUUGUUGAUCUGGCUCAGGAACGGUUUCAACAGCGCGCGAAAACCCCCGAGGAGGAGAUUUCUCAGCAUUUUCUUAUUUCCACAGCACUACGCAUGUUGUUGAAUGGUGACGUUUCUCAUGGUGUGAACUCACUACAGGAAAGUCCGAUUGUGCAAUGGUGCAUUGCUCAGGCUAAAGGGUACCUCUCGGGUGCUGAGUAUUCCAAUGUGGCGCUUGAAACGAGCUUCGCUACAUAUAUGCGUGUAUCCGACAGUGCCAGCACCCAGGAGAAAAACGAGCAAUUAAUGUCAAAGUUGGAAAAGGAGGAUGGUAAUGAUGAGAGACUCCGCGCACUUAUCCAUGGCUUGUGUAUGAGCACCGAUACAGAGUUCGUAAAGAACGUUGCUGUUCGAUGCAUGCACAACGAAGGGGUUCGGAACCACUUUGGUGGUAUUGUGUUUAUUUCCAUGGCAGGCAAUCGGUCCUUUAAGGAAGGUGAGGUGUGGAGCUUCUUCAAGGAACGGUUUGUGGAUAUUGACCGGCAGUGGGGUAAAGGUCAGUUUCGUAUUCAAGUUAUUGCAGGUUCUGUGGGUAGAACACUCAAGGCUACGGAGGCUAACGCAGCUGAAUACGAGAGCUUCUUCAAGGACCACCCCCUGCCGAAUGCGAGGUUAGAGAUCGCACAAACAGUGGAAAAACUGCGCCUAAGGUCCUGGGUGAAGCAGAAUUGGUUUAGACUUUUGGCGUCAAUAUUCAAAAUCUAA